CGUUUUUGAUUUGUACAGCAUCACUAGCAGCACUUUUCAUUCUACAUUUCUUUCACCACCACGUCUCAGAGAAUGCGGUCUGCUUCCGCACUGUUUGCGACCAUUGUGUCGUCGACCGUUCUGGCGCUGCUCGUGCUCGCGGUCUCCAUGCCCGCCGCCUCCCCAAACUUUUUCGCUGACGCUGCGACCGAGUGCGGCGUCAACCGAACCACCUGCAGCAAGUGCGUCGACUCGACGGACUGCGUCUGGUGCAGCGCCAUCAAGGAGUGCCGCAAGGGCUCGGAGAUUGGCCCGUCCAAUACCACCGGCUGCAGCGGCAACGACUGGCAGUGGAAGCAGUGCGACGUCUCGGGCCAACUCUUGGUCAUUGUCAUUCCGUCCGUCAUUGGUGGCGUUGUGCUCAUCUUUGGCAUCUGGCUCUACUGCUGCUGCCGUCGCCGCUCAAAGCGCAACUUCCAAAAGUACCUCGAGCGCGUCGAGACCGACCAGCGUCGCCAGCAGGAGGAGCGCAUUGUUCGCAGCGAAGAGCGCCGCUCCGAGCGUCAGGUCAAGACGGACGCCAUUCGUAUGAAGUAUGGCCUGCUCAAGGACAAGCCUGCGCCAGAUGCCGCUGCCGUGUAACAAAACCAUCUGGUGUUGGUUUUUUGUUUGUUUGUUUUUGAAUGUUCAUCUUUGUGUCAUGUGAUGGAGAAGAUGAUGCCACAGGCGUGAUUUCAAAGUGGCGUGUGAAUGUAUGGUUGUGGUUGAUUCAACCCAGUUGUCGCAAAAAGCGGUGUUUCGUUUUUCUCAUUGGAAAACAACAAUAAAAUAAAAAUCUGCGUUUUUUUUUUCUU